AUAAUGAAAUUAAAGAAAGGGUUGAAUGGUAUCAUGAAUGGACAUCGAAGAUUUUUAAAACUAAAGCUGAUACAGGAUGGGUUUCAGGAUGUUUAG